CGCAGACUCUGACGUUGGCUUCCUCAAGGAACCAGAGGCUCUUUCACUUUUGAAGAAAAUGAUUUCCAGCUGAGGAGCCUCAGCCGGGGAUACAUACCAGCAGACCCCGAAGAAAAGCAGGGUUUCUCCAGGAGUGAAUGACCAUAACCCCAGGAUCCAUGGUGGCAGACCAAGUUAAAACUCUUCUCCUGGUUCAUGAAGUCCCCCCACAACCUAUGUCUUCUUAAACUUUAGGGAAAGAGCCUACCCCCACCUCCAUCAUCCCCCUCCCACAGGAAACAGUCAAGAAGAGACUACACCUCUUCUUUUUAUCUGUCCUCAGGGUCAGAUAAAUGACCUUAAUGACGUAAAAGAGGAAAACUUAGAAAAGCUGAGAGUCCCCCUAUUCGGCAUAACAGCACCCCUGCAUGACAGGAAAGUCAGCACAGCAAAAGAACAUCCGCUGGCGUCAUUCAUGAAACUAUAAGGAACACAUCCAAUGAUAGAUAACAUUCCUCUGCAGAGCUCCUUCUGCUGACCUAUAACGCCCAAGCUCUGCAUCUGAACACACAGUCUCCAUCCCCAGGACAGACUGGAGAUUUUCAGUUGUUCUGACCAAAGGACAAUUUGUCCCUAUAGAGGCUGCUCCACUCUUUCUUUUAUUUCCAGCUCUCCUCUGUCAGCUCCAGACAAACACCCUUUCCCAGCACAUAAUGGCUGGCAGAGGCAAAAAUCCACCGGCCUCCUGCUUGGAACAGCCACAGAAGGGAGAGCUGAAGCUGUAUGGACAAGAGUUGCACAGCCAAGCAUUAUCUGAAGGUACUACCAACAUAGGAAGAGCUUUCUCUCAGAAGGUCCUUGGCAUAGAGGAGGCUCAGCAUAAGGGUCAUCAAGUCUUGAACCCCUCCCACAACGUUAGGAGACUGAAGAGCCUGAAGGUGUCAAGUCCACAUUAUCUGUCACAGGACGAUUUGAUGUUAAGCCAUCCUUCCUCAUUGUACAGAUCCUCAAGCAUGCCCAACAUGCAGUCUCUUGAAUGGACAGAAGACUUGGAAUUAUUUAUCACAGACUGUGAGUCUUGGAGAAACUUUCAGAUCUCAAAGAAGAAGUUUGAUAAAUGGGUACCUGAGGACUAUGAAUUCAGAUGCGAAGAAGAUGCUGAGAUGAGCUUUGUGUGCAGAUCCAAACCUGGAGGGAAGAGUACUCAGAUGCACUUGUUGGAGGAAAGAGAAACACAUCAGAAUAAAGGAAGAGAUAAUUUUUACUACACUAAGUCCUGGAAAAUGGAGAAUACCCUACAAAAUUUCACUCAGCUACUACUUCUACCAAAACCUUGCCCAAGAGGCUGGAAGACCUUGAACAGGGAAAGCUUGCAUAAAAGUAAAGGAGGGGAGAGAAGAUAUCUGAUUGAAAUCCAAGAACUAUUUGACCCAGACCCAGAUACCCAGGAAGAGCCUCAAUUAGUUGUAUUAGAGGGAGCUGCUGGGAUUGGGAAGUCAACACUAGCCAGGCAGGUGAGGAGAGCAUGGGAGGAAGGUCAGCUCUAUAGGGAUCGCUUCCAGCAUGUCUUCUACUUCAGUUGCAGAGAGCUGGCCCAGUGCAAGCAGCUGAGUCUGGCUGAGCUCAUAGCAAAAGACCAGACUCUGCCUGCAGCUCCCAUCAGGGAGAUCUUGUCUCACCCUAAGCAGCUGCUCUUCAUCCUGGAUGGCAUAGAUGAGCCUGAAUGGGUCUUGAGGGAGAAGAAUCCUGAGCUCUGUCUGCACUGGAGUCAGCCACAGCCAGUCCACACCCUGCUGGGCAGUUUGCUGGGAAAAUCUGUCCUGCCUGGGGCUUACUUGCUGCUCACAGCUCGGACCACAGAACUGAAGAAGCUUAUUCCUUCUUUCAGGCAGCCUUGUUUGGUAGAAGUCCUCGGUUUCUCCAAAGCUGGACGGAAGAACUAUAUCUCCAAAUAUUUCACAGAGAAAAGAGAAGCAAUGGCAGCUUUUAACUUGGUUAAAUCAAACCCAGUGCUCUCAACACUGUGUGUGGUGCCCUGGGUGUCCUGGCUUGUCUGCACCUGCCUGAAGGAACAGAUGGAUCAGGGAGAAGACCUCAAACUGACCUCACGGACCACCACAUCCCUCUGCCUGGAAUACCUUUCCCAGGCUCUCUCAGGUCGUGUCCAGAGGACCCAUCUCAGAAGGCUCUGCUCACUGGCCACUGAGGGGAUCUGCCAAAGAAGGACCCUGUUCAGUGAGAGCGAUUUCUGGAUCCAAAGGUUAGGUAGCAAUGUCAUUGUCACUUUCCUGAAGGUGGGCAUCCUUCAAAAGCAACCCAACUCUAUGAGUUACAGCUUUGGCCACUUGUGUCUCCAGGAGUUUUUUGCAGCAAUGUCAUUGACCUUUCAGUGUAAUGAGGAGAGACAUGAUUAUUUGUGUAUCUACAGAACGAUGGAAACACUGAAGGACAUCUAUGGAAGACAUAACCUGUUUGAGGCACCCACUGUGCGCUUCCUAUUUGGUCUUUUAAGUGAAAAUGGAAUGAGAGAAAUGGAGAAGAUCUUUGCCUGCAGGUUGCCUUUGGAGACAAGGUUGAACCUACAAUGGUAUAUCCUAGAGGAAACCCUGUGCCAUAAACCAUAUUCUCUGGGUUUUCUCCAUUGUCUUUAUGAGAUUCAGGAUGAAGAGCUCCUGACACAGGUGAUGCAAAAUUAUCAAGAAACAAAUGUACGUUCCCCAAAGGAUAUAGUACAUCCAGUGUCCCAGAGAGGAGUGGAGUACAUGGUGAUCCAGACAGACAUGGAACUCAUGGUGGCCACUUUCUGCAUUAAGUACUGCUGUCAUGUCAAGUGGCUUCAGUUGAAUGGGGGUGGACAGCAGAGAAAAAUCUCAAAGGCCCCCAGGAUGGUUCUGUCCAGGUGGACCCCAAUCACUAAUUCCACUUGGCAGAUUUUCUUCUCCACUCUUGAGUUCACAGGAAGUCUGCAGAAGCUCGACUUAAGUGGAAACCCACUGAGCAACUUUGCACUGAGGAGCCUUUGUAAGACACUGAGAUGCCCUGCAUGUCAACUAAGGACAUUGUGGCUUGUCAACUGUGGCCUCACAUCCAGCCACUGUGAGGACCUGGCCUCAGUGCUCAGUGCCAGUUUCAGGCUGGCUGAGCUAGACCUGCAACUGAAUGGCCUGGGUGACCGUGGUGUGAGGCUGUUGUGUAAGGGGCUCAGGAAUCCUGCAUGCAACCUCAGAAUCCUGUGGCUGGACCAGGCCCAUCUCAGUGACCAGGUGAUAAGGGACCUCAGGGCCCUGGAGGCAAGGAAUCCAAAGCUGUACAUCUUGAGCAUAUGGAAUCCACAUGUGAUGGACCCUACUAAGAAUCCAGAUGGAGAAGAAAUGAGGGCCAACCUGAUCUCAUUCAUGCAGCAGAAACUACAGUUGGGACAUGAGUGCAUGGAACCACUGGGGACUGAAGAUGACUUCUGGGGCCCUACAGGGCCUGUGGCUACAGAGGUGGUUGACAGAGAGAAGAACCUGUACAGAGUUCAAUUCCCUGUACCUGGUUCCUACCACUGUCCCAACAUUGGACUCUCCUUUGUUGUGAUGAGGGCAGUGACCAUUGAGAUUGGAUUCUGUGCCUGGAGCCAACACCUGAACCAGACUCCCUUACAGCACAGUCACAUUGCAGCUGGGCCUCUGUUUGACAUCAAGGCUGAGCAAGGAGCUGUGGCUGCUGUGUACCUCCCUCACUUUGUGGAUCCCAAAGAAGGACAGAUGGAUAUCUUCUUGUUCCGUGUGGCCCACUUUCAAGAACAUGGGCUGGCCCUAGAAAUUCCAGCCAGACUGGAGCAGAACUAUGCAGUACUGAAAAACCCAAGCUUUUCCCCAAUGGGAGUUCUACUGAGAAUGAUCCCUGCCAUCAGAAACUUCAUUCCCAUCACUGCCAUCACAUUGAUCUACUAUUACCUCAAUGUCAAGGAAGUCACCCUUCAUCUCUACCUGAUCCCCAAUGACUGCACCAUUCGGAAGGCAAUUGAUGAUGAAGAAAUGAAGUUUCAGUUUGUUCGAAUAAACAAGCCACCCCCACUAGAUUCUCUUUAUAUUGGCUCCCGCUACACUGUUUCUGCUUCCAAGAAGCUGGAAAUCAUCCCAAAGGAACUGGAACUGUGCUACCGGAACCCUGAGGAAUGCCAGCUCUUCUCUGAGAUCUACGUUGGACACAUAGGUUCGGGGAUUAAGCUCCAAAUCAGAGACAAGAAACAUAGCAAUCUUGUAUGGGAAGCCUUGCUGAAACCAGGCGAUCUCAGAUCUGCACCGUCCAUGAUCCCUGCAGCCCACAAAGAUUCUCCUGCCUUGCUACACUUUGUGGAUGAGCAUCGGGAACAGCUGGUGGCAAGAGUGUCAUUAGUGGACCCUCUCUUGGACAAGCUGUAUAGGCUGGUGCUGAGUGAAGAGGAGUAUGAGGUAGUGCGAGCUGAAGCCACCACCCAAGACAAGAUGCGGAAGCUCUUCAGCCUUGGCAGGUCCUGGAGCUGGAACAACAAAGACCAAGUCUACCAAGCUCUGAAGGAGACCCAUCCUCACCUGAUCAUGGACCUCCAUGAGAAGUCAAGAAGUGUCUCUAUGAGAUUCUUCUCCUCCAUCAGUUCUGGUAAAACACCCUUUCCCAGCACAGAAAUGGCUGGCAGAGACAAGGAUCCACUGCUCUCAAACUUGGAGCAGCAGCAGAAGGGAAAACGAAAGCAAGACCAGUGCGAGGCGCACAGUCAAGCAUCCUCUGAGGGUUCUAUGGCCAUGGAAGAAGCCCAGUCCCAGAAGGCGAGAGGCACAGAGGAGGCUCAGCAAAAGGGCCAACAGGUCUUGGACCCCAAGAGAAAGCAGAUGGAUCUGGAGCCACAGCAGACCAAAGCCCCAGCAGAGAAGGACUUAGUGAUAAGCUCAACGGUCCUGGAAAUGCAGAAACAUAAACAUAAACCUCGGAGACCAAGUCGGACUUCAGAUUCUGAGCGUGAUGUGUAUGGAUCUAAUGAGUCUGGAUACAGCAGUGACAGUGCAGUAAUCCCGCCCUCUGUGGAUCCCACUCCUUACCAAGGUUCUUCACAAGGAAUGUACUCAGAGCAUGAAUUUUGGAGAUCAAUUCUGACAUCAAAUAUUGAGCUUGAUAAAUGGAAAUCUGAGGAGUCUGGUUUCAAAACCCAAGAGGAGGAGUCUGAGGAGGAGUGCGAGGAGGAAUACUCACAACUGGCAUUGCCGGCUUCCUUCAAUCCAUAUUCUCCUGCCUCUUCAAAAGACAAGCACAUGGAACUACCGUGGACUGAUGAUGACUUCUGGGGCCCUACAGGGCCUGUUGCUAUUGAGGUGUUUGACAGAGAGAGAAACCUGUACCGAGUUCAGUUCCCUGUGCAUGGUUCCUACCACUGUCCCAGCACAGGACUCCACUUUGUGGUGACAAGGGCAGUGACCAUCGAGAUUGGAUUCUGUGCCUGGAGCCAACACCUGGACAAGACUCCCUUGCCGGACAGUCACAUGGUGGCCGGGCCUCUGUUUGACAUCAAGGCUGAGCAGGGAGCUGUAGCUGCUGUGUACCUCCCUCACUUUGUGGAUCUCCAAGAAGGUCAGGUGGACAUCUCCUGGUUCCAUGUAGCCCACUUUCAAGAAUAUGGGAUGGUCCUAGAAACUCCAACCAGGGUGGAGCAGAACUACACAAUCUUGGAAAACCCAAGCUUCUCCCCAGUGGGAGUUCUACUGAGGAUCUACCUUACCAUCAGGAGCCUCAUCCCCAUCACUCCCAUCACAUUGAUCUACUAUCACAUCAAUGUCGAGGAAGUCACCCUUCAUCUCUACCUGGUCCCCAAUGACUGCACCAUUCGGAAGGCCAUUGAUGAUGAAGAAAUGAAGUUUCAGUUUGUUCGAAUAAACAAGCCACCCCCACUAGGUUAUCUUUACAUUGGCUCCCGCUACACAGUGUCUGCUUCCAAGAAGCUGGAAAUCAUCCCUGAGGAACUGGAGCUGUGUUACCGGAGCCCCGGGGAAUCCCAGCUCUUCUCCGAGAUCUAUGUUGGCCACAUGGAUUCAGGGAUUAAGCUGCAAAUCAUAGACAAGAAGAGUAGCAAUCUCAUAUGGGAAGCCUUGCUGAAACCAGGGGACCUCAGACCUGCACAGCCCAUGAUGCCUGCAGUUCAAAAAGAUAUUCCUGCCUCACUACACUUCAUAGACCAGCAUAGGGAGCAGCUGGUGGCCCGAGUGACAUCAGUGGACCCUCUCUUGGACAACCUGCUGCAGUGUCUGGUGCUGAGUGAAGAGGAGUAUGAGGCUGUGCGGGCUGAAGUUACUAACCAAGACAAGAUGCGGAAGCUCUUCAGCUUCAGCCGGUCCUGGUCCAGGGCCUGCAAAGACCAAGUCUACCGAGCUCUGAAGGAGACCCAUCCUUACCUGAUCAUGGACCUCCUUGAGAAGUCAAGCAGUGUCUCCGUGGGAUCCUGACAUCUUAGUGGCUGAGGUGUGAGCAUUCACGUGAGCAUUCCUGGCUCUGCUCUGCCCUAAGUUUCUACAUCUAUAACCCAGUGGCCACCUGAGUUGCUUUCCUGGUGGCAUUGUUUCCAAGAGACUCUUGGGGACCCAGAUAUUCCCUCUUGGCCUUCCCCAGACGUGUGUUCAUGUGGGAUGGGCAUCUCAGUAAAUAUCUCCAGUGGAACCAUCAAGUCAUUCAGGCCUUGUCCAGUCUGCUCUCAUGACCUGAGUGGCCAGGCUUGUGCCCACCUGAUCUUCCAUGAUUCAAACAGAACUGGGGAACAUGGGAAUGGAGACAAAAGAUGGUACUUUUCCAUGAAAAUGAAAGGAAGAGGGCUUCUUAAACAUUUCCUAUUCCUUUUACCCAAAUAAUUUUUAUAUAAUUCUGGGUAUGUAGAUAUAUAAGUACAUAAAUCAAACAUUUUUACUCAAAAUUAAUCUUAAAUAAAUUUAUUUUUAAACAA